AUGCCGUUUCAAGCCCUUCAGAGGCCUAUUUUUCUAAAGCUUCGACCUUGCCUAAAAUGCCAGUUAUAUCGAGACAAAGUUUUGAGGGGCACCACCAAAAGAUGGAUUGGCAUGAAGUAUCUUGCCAAAAUUGCGGAUGCCGAGGAUCAAUGGCAGGAGAAGGCGUUGCGGAUCACAGCUGGAAAGGAAAAGAGUAUGAUGACCAUUCUCGAGGAGCGUGGAUUAAUAAAUCAAUUUACUGGAGAUCGGAAAAGUUUUGACGACCUACUCACUAGCAGACGAGUCGGUGCAUACGUAGGUAUUGAUCCAACUGCCUCGUCUCUUCAUAUCGGCAAUCUUGUGCCUCUUAUGGCGUUAUUCUGGAUGUAUCUGCAUGGCUAUCAUACAGUAUCACUUUUAGGCGGUGCUACAGCCAAGAUCGGUGAUCCCACCGACCGCCUGACAACACGAAAAAGAGAACAACCAUCUAUUAGGACAGCGAAUAUGGCUAGCAUGCACUUUCAGCUUAAAAAAAUUUGGUUGAACCUUGAAGCCUGUGGCAGAAAAUACGGAUACGAUUUUACCUGGGCAAAUCAUCGAGAGCUUGUCAAUAAUAGCACUUGGUGGAACAAAGUAACACUUCUUGAAGUGUUGCAAACAAUGGGGCCAGGUAUACGGAUGGGCUCUCUGCUAGCUCGAGACACCGUCAAGCAAAAAAUGAAAAUUGGCGACGGAAUGUCUUUCUCUGAAUUUUCUUAUGCAGUCAUGCAAGCGUGGGACUGGUGGUAUAUGUUUCAUUCCAAAGGAAUUCAAUUACAAAUUGGUGGUUCAGACCAGUUCGGGAAUAUUGCGGCUGGAAUUGAUGCAAUAAAGUAUGUGCUGACAACCCACCCUGAUCCGGAUUUUCGCUCGGUAGCCAGCCAAGUAGGAGAGCCUGUCGGCUUUACAGUCCCCCUGCUCACAACCAAUUCUGGUGAAAAAUUCGGUAAAAGUGCUGGAAAUGCAGUAUGGCUUGAUAGUGAUCAGACAAGCUCUUUCGAACUUUACGGAUAUUUCUUACGAACAGCAGAUUCUGAUGUCGAGAAGUACUUAAAAAUGUUUACAUUUUUACCCUUACCACAGAUAGAAUCUCUUGUCAAAAGCCACUUCGAAUCCCCGCAAGAAAGAAAAGCUCAACAUAAGCUAGCUCAAGAGGUUGUUGAACUGGCUCAUGGACUUCAAAACGCUAGAGAAGCUCGAAAGGAGCAUAAUCUGCUCUUUGGGAAACCUUCUAGUGAAAAACACUCGAACUUAGUGAAAAGAGAUUGUAGCGCAUCUGGAAUCGUAACAAUGAACAACAGGCCCAAAGUCAAUAUCAAACUACCUGAAAGUCUAAUGUACCAAAAAAUGUUUGGCCGUAUCGUGCAUGCCGUUGGCUUUAGCUCUACUCUUUCCGAGGGACGCCGACUACUCCAAUCUAGCGGUGUGUAUAUCGGUACAAUGCCGGACCGCUCUAUAAGUGCUGAUCACGGCCAUGUAACCUGGUCAAAAGCGAAGGAUUCCGAAUCUUCACACCUAAAAAAAUAUCUUGUCUGUGGCGACAUGAUAAUGCUACGUAAAGGCAAGCAUAACAUCAGAAUUAUUCAGAUUGUGUCAGACGAAGAGUAUGUAAAGGAAGAUUUGAACUAUCCUGGGAUGUGUGAGGACUGGAAAAAAUCUGUCAAAGAGGCAAUACGCACGAAGAAAGCUGGUACCGAAACAGAUCACCUCGCAGUAAAAGAAGUCGGUCAUGUAGGCGACUUGCUUGCAGAAGACAAAGAGCAUUCUCAAUAG